GGAGAGGACGCGUCUUCGUCUAAGAGAUGGCGUCAAGUGAUACAGAUCGAGAUGGAGGCUCCCCGGAUAGCUGUUCGCCUACGUUAGACAAACUCAUGGAAGAAUGUGAUCCAUCAAAGUCCCCCACAGCUUACAGACCAUGUUCAAGAUCCCGUUCACGUUCAAGAGAACAUAAACGGAAGGCUGAUUAUGAAGGGAAGAAACACCGGAGUCGAAGCAGGAGCAAAGAGGGUCGAAGACAUGGGUCCAAAGAGAAAUCUUCAAAGAAACACCGUUCCGACGACAUCAUUGACAGAGAUCAUUCAGACAGGGUCAGGGAGCGAAUAAAUUCAUCCGAAAAUGGAGAAGAAAGACAUCGUCGCAAGGAUCGGAGGCCUUCUCGAGGCAGAAGCUAUUCCAGGUCACGAUCACGUGAAAGACGGCAUUGUAGUAGGAGUCGUGACAAGAAAAAAUCCCGCUCAAAGAGCAGAGAAAGGAAGCGACGACCCCGUUCACGCUCAGGAUCCAGAUCCAAACAUCGUCAUAGAAGCAGGAGUAGAAGCAGAAGUCGAAAUAGAUCCAGGGAGAAAAAGAAGAAGCCUGAAAAACCAAGGAAGCAUAGUAGGAGUCGAAGCAGGACACCACCAAGCCCACCAGCCUUUAGAGGGAGAAAUACUGCUAUGGAUGCUCAAGAAGCUUUGGCUAGAAGAUUGGAGAGAGCAAAAAAACUGCAGGAACAGCGUGAAAAAGAAUUGGUUGAAAAGCAGAAACAGCAAGAAAGCGUAGGAGUUGCUGCAGGAGGCGGUGGAUCCGGCAUCAAUGUAGCAGCUUUGUUGGCCUCAGGAACACAGGUCACCCCUCAAAUUGCAAUGGCAGCACAAAUGGCUGCUCUACAGGCCAAGGCAUUAGCAGAGACUGGCAUUUCUGUUCCUAGCUAUUAUAAUCCAGCAGCUGUAAAUCCAAUGAGGUUUGCAGAGCAAGAAAAGAAGCGGAAGAUGCUCUGGCAAGGCAAGAAGGAAGGGGAGAAAUCUCAGAAAUCUCAGUCAGCGGAAAUCUGGGAGAAGCUCAAUUUUGGAAACAAGGACCAAAAUGUAAAAUUUAGAAAACUAAUGGGAAUAAAGCAUGAAGAUGAAGCUGGCACUAGUGGUGGAGAUCCUGAAUGUUACAAAACCCUAAAGCAACAAGAAGAGGUUUUCCGCAACCUGGACGCUCAGUAUGAGAUGGCAAGAUCACAGACUCACACCGCGAGAGGCAUGGGCUUGGGGUUUACAUCAAUGCGUGGAAUGGACGCUGUUUGAAUAAGGAGAACGGGAUGUAUUACUUCUGCUACUCUGGACUUCUCACUUCAUGUCCUUGUAACCAAAAAGCUAGAAUACUGGCUUGCAUGGAUGUUGCAUUGACUUUAACUUAUU